AUGGAGGCUAGUAAAAGACUUCGUUUCGAUGUCAUCGCUCUCCAGGAAACAAAAGCAAAAGAAACAGCUACCAGGAAGACCAACGAUGGCCACCUAAUUGUUCUCGGAGCCAAACUGAGCGGAAGAAAUGUCGGUGGUGUUGGAUUCCUCGUCCACCAUCGGCUCGAGCACAUGGUCGAUUCAGUCGAAGUGAUCGGCCCGCGACUGGCCAUCCUACGUCUACGCAUCGACAAGCGCACUUUCGUUAGUAUUAUCAACUGCUAUGCACCGACGUCAACAGCUACGGACGAAGAAAAGGACGCGUUCUACAAGGAAUUGGAGGAGAUGAUAAAAAGGGAACGGUCCUACUACAAAUAUGUUGUCGGAGACUUUAACGCAGUCAUCCAUGAGGAGAUGCCAGCGACAGCGCGCAUCGGACCACACGGAACCGGAGAAACAAACGAAAACGGCGAACGUCUGAUGGACCUCUUAGAGCAAUGCAAUCUCUUUCACGGAAACAGCUUCUUCACGAAAAAAGAGGAUCGGCGAUGGACAAGGACUUCGACAUUGCGCUAUGGCAUCGGCUACCACAACAAGGACGGAUUCGAAGGCAGGAUUGACGACAAGGCUCGCGCACUUCUGCAGCAACGCGCUGUCGUCCAUCGUAACCCUGCAUCAACACCACUGGAGCGCGCCGUGAUCAACAAAGGGUGCCGCAUCGCAGUAAAGGAUCUCAAACGAUGUCGUCGAGACAUCAACGACUCUCGCUCGGUCACCACGGUUAUGCGAGACGCGAUGGGCAGACCGCAGACAUCGAGAGCGAGGAUUGAAGAGAUCGCCGUCAAUUUCUACACGGAUCUCUACCGAUCAACGAUGCCAGUUCCACGCAUACCUACACCUACGCAGGACGCGGCCCCACAGAUAGAAGAGUGGGAGGACUUCGACAUUGCGUCAUGGCAUCGGCUACCACCAAGGACGGAUUCGAAUGGCAGGAUUGACGACAAGGCUCGCGCACUUCUGCAGCAACGCGCUGUCGUCCAUCGUAACCCUGCAUCAACACCACUGGAGCGCGCCGUGAUCAACAAAGGGUGCCGCAUCGCAGUAAAGGAUCUCAAACGAUGUCGUCGAGACAUCAACGACUCUCGCUCGGUCACCACGGUUAUGCGAGACGCGAUGGGCAGACCGCAGACAUCGAGAGCGAGGAUUGAAGAGAUCGCCGUCAAUUUCUACACGGAUCUCUACCGAUCAACGAUGCCAGUUCCACGCAUACCUACACCUACGCAGGACGCGGCCCCACAGAUAGAAGAGUGGGAGGUACAUGGACGCGCAAGAAAUCCCGGACCAGUGGAAGACGUCACGGUUCUUCUGUUCAAGAAGGGCGAGCGCGACUUAAUGAAGAACUACCGCCCCAUCGCCCUCCUCUCGCAGCCAUACAAGUUGUUCACGAAGGUAAUCCUCAACAGGCUCGAGGAACAACUGGAUGACUGCGCAUCUGCCCACUCAUUGCGCAUGACCGAGGUCAUGCGCAGUGAGUGGGCAGAUGCGUCACCCAUCACACUCGAAGGCACUGCUCUACCGGAUACCGACCGUUACGUUUACCUUGGUCGACUCAUCUCCAUGGACAACAAUUUGCGCGAAGAAAUUAUGAGACGCAAAAAAUGCGCUUGGACGGCAAUGGGACGCAUAAGAGAGGCGGCGCAGCUCAUUUCGGUCAGGAAAAUACGAGCUGCUCUACAGUACUGCCUGCCUUUGUGA